AUCAAUUCUUUUCACCCCGUGUCCGUAGCGAUGCUGCUUCUUCCAUGACCGUUUGGCUAACCACACCGAGGACUCCGAACCGCCUAGCCCCCUUCCCUUCCCUUCCCUUCCCUUUCCCCUCCUCCGUGUUGCGCCGCCGCCGCCGCCGCCGCCCCUCCGUCAGCACGUAUCCCGUUGCGCGUCUGCGUCAUGGAGUCUCGCCAACGCAGUCCGACCCCGCUUUUGAAGACGUGUCGCACAUGCGCCCACGCCAAAAUCAAGUGCGAUCGUUCCCAGGACUCCAACGUCUGCGAUAGAUGCCUCCGGCUGGGCAAAGAUUGCACAUAUGCCGUGGCCCGCGGGAGGAAGCCGCCCGGGCCGCGUUCCAGAUCCAACAAGUUGCUGCAGGUUCCGGAGAGGCCGGCCCAACCCGCCCAACCUGUGACCGAAAGUCCUUCCGCCUCUGAAAGCCUUACGCCCGAGCAAACCCGGACUCCUCCGCAGCCUGCUGCCUCAUCUGGUAGUUCAUCCACUCAACAUCCCCGAGCCGGUGAUGCCGGUCCAGCCGGUCGUGGCCUUGGCACCGGCGUUCAUGACCCGUUCCAGGCCGGCCAGCUUUCUAUCGACAAAGGCCAGGAGCUCCUUGAGAGGUUUCGUACCAAGUUGACACCUCACUUCCCAUUCAUCAUCAUCCCAGCAUCAGAAAAUGUGAGCUCUUUGAGACAGUCAAGGCCAGCCUUGUUGCUUGGCCUUCUCGCUGUCUCGUCAUACGAUGAUGUCCGCCUGCAGCGAGCUUUGGGUCAGAUGUUCAACGACCUCAUCGCGGUCCGCUUGGUGAAGGGUGAUUUUGCCUGUCUUGACGUACUCCAGGGCCUCCUCGUCCAUCUCGCCUGGGCCCACUUCCAACCAAGGCCGAAGAGAUACUCACAGCAUCUUCAUCUAGCUACGAGCAUAGUCUCUGAUCUGCGUUUCGAUAGGCCAAAGAACCCGAAACGUUGGAACGUUGAGGGCAUGAGCACUUCACAAGACUAUGUCGACUCGUUAGAUGAACGUAGGACGUUUCUUGGGACGUAUUAUCUCUCAUCUUGCACGAGUAUCGUGCUCCAGAAGCUUCGCAUAGUCACUCUUUCGAGUUACAUCACCGAAACUGCUGAGAAGCUAGCGGAGAUCUCUGAGUACCCCACUGAUCAGUACCUUCCGUACAUCAUCAGCCUACAGCGGUUAGCCGAAGACAUUGAUGACAUUGUGAAGAACGAGUCGACAUUGGAUCCUAUGCAGAUUCAAGCUGCAGUAUCAGAAGCUAAGGAAAGGGUCGACGUGUUCAAGGGCGGGCUGACCUUCGCUCUCGGCGAUUGUCCAAUCUUGGUGCCUCAAUUACACACAAUCCAGCUCUGCCUGAACCAGCUGUCUCUACCGGAGACACCGUUUGGUCUCAACAACCCGCAAAACGCCCCAAUGCAGCGGUUCAUCGCAGGUCUAUCCGAGAGCAUAGUAUCGGCCAAAUCGCUCGUUAGUGUCCUCCUCCAUACACCUCAUGGACAAGAGGUCUACUUCCCGAACAUAGUCUGGGUAAUGCUGCAUUGUGGCUUCACUCUAGCCGCACGGCUGGAUCUGCUAGCUGCGGAUCCCCGGGUAGGGUUCAUGGCGGAGCACUUGAGGCAAUUUGCAGACAUUGCACACACCAUUCGCCAGGUCGUGCUCAGGCUCGACGCCGCAAGCUCCCCAGACCUUGAUGACAGAGGCGAUCGCGACAGUUUCUACCACUUUGCGAUUCGUGCAAAACGGGUCGAGAAGUUUUACCUCCAUGCUCAGAGCCAGGCUGCUGCUCAGCAACAAGCACAAGCCCAACAGCAAGAAAUUUCGCCCCAUAGUAUUCACGCCAGCCUGCCAGCGUCUACGGCAGGGUUUACGACCAUGGGGACACCAAGCUCAGACUUUUCAAACCAAAACCCAAGCCUGGAUUACACGGUUGCGUCUUCCAUGUUCUCGCAGAACAUGGUGCCGUCGGGCGGAAAUGUCGCGUAUCCGGACUUUUCUAUGGCCAAUACCGCGACACUGGUCUCAAACCCCGAUUUCGUUAUGGAUACCCUCUCUUUCUUACCAGAUUCUUUCAUUCCUUUCAGAGGCUGGGGCAACGGCAUGGGCAGCGAACACAGUGGCGGAGCGCAGUUUUAGUGCGAUCCUUUCGAAAAUGAGAGGAAGCGGCAGCAAUUUAAUGAUUUUGAGUCCAAGGUUGUGGCGGGGUCGGACACGGACUCGGAUACGGAUUUUGGACAUCCUACCCCUAUUAGCGGUCGGAAUUAACGACUGCCGGAGCGAGUAGCAUUUUUGCAGGCGUAAGAAAACUAGUGUCAGUACACGUGAUCUUGAACAGAGGAUCGGUGUAUCUUCAGUCGUUGCUUCAACAAUACUGCCUGAAAUCGGUAGGCUAGAGACGUGCUGCGUGCGUGGCCUCCGUGUCCGUAGUCGAGUUGUUAAUAGUCUACCUGCUGCAACACAAACAGCGGACGAGGGGCAUUGAAGAAUGGUAUAUAACAUAUCUGAAGUCCGCUGUGAAGAUGGGAUUGAAAUUCAUCAUCGCCAUCUCAUGUCGAAACAGCUUCUUGCUUCAUACAAUACGUG